GUGGGGGUUUUAGCAAACACUGUGCGCUACCGCAGUUGUCCAGCGGGCGGCGCCACCGCGUGUUAUAUCAAAGACAACAGAGAGCCAGUUUGAACUCGCCGUCUGACAUACAGCAGCUUUCAACUCUUUAUUUCUCCAUCCUGCUGGUGUUUGGUGGCCAUCCGGAAGAGAUCACAUUUCUAUAACAACAGAUCUGGAUAUCAGACUGAAUGCAAUUUCAUAGAGAGGCAAACAUCAGGAGGCUGGUUUAGACCUGCCUGUGUUCAAAGCUCCUGCUAGAGGGAACUGAAGUGGAGGCUUCAGAGGUCUGGGACGGGUCACAGGGCAGUCUACUGAUGUCAGGCCAAAUCAGGUCUGCCAGUCAUGCAGACUGCCGGGUCACAGAGGAAUGCCACGUUCCAGCCGACGUGGAGCUGAUGGAACUCGGGCCCCUGCUGGAAGAAAAUGGCCCCAUGGGGGCCAAAGGACUCCAGUCAGAGGGAGCAGGUGCUCUUGCUGAUGAUGAAGAGGAGGAUGAAGAAGUUGGAGAAGUUCUGACUCUGCCACUGCAGGCUCACCACGCAAUGGAGAAGAUGGAGGAGUUUGUGCAUAAGGUUUGGGAAGGGCGUUGGAGGGUCAUUCCCUUUCACGUUCUGCCAGAGUGGCUAAAAGACAACGACUACCUCCUGCACGGUCACCGGCCCCCCAUGCCCUCCUUCCGUGCCUGUUUUGGGAGCAUUUUCAGGAUCCACACAGAGACCGGGAAUAUCUGGACUCAUUUGUUGGGGUUAAUCUUAUUUUUGUGCCUGGGCACACUUACCAUGCUGAGGCCCAAUAUGUACUUCAUGGCCCCGUUGCAGGAGAAAGUGGUGUUCGGGAUGUUCUUCUUGGGUGCAGUGCUGUGCCUCAGCUUCUCCUGGUUAUUUCACACUGUCUACUGCCAUUCUGAGAAAGUCUCACGCACUUUCUCCAAACUGGACUACUCCGGCAUUGCUCUGCUGAUCAUGGGCUCUUUUGUACCCUGGCUUUACUACUCGUUCUACUGCUCUCCUCAGCCGCGUCUCAUCUACCUCACAAUCGUCUGUGUGUUGGGCAUCGCCGCUAUAAUCGUCGCCCAGUGGGAUCGUUUCUCCACUCCACGACACAGGCCCACCAGAGCAGGAGUUUUCAUGGGUCUUGGAUUGAGCGGGAUUGUCCCCACCAUGCACUUCACCAUCGAGGAGGGUUUCGUCAAGGCCACUACCGUUGGACAGAUGGGCUGGUUCUAUUUAAUGGGCGCCAUGUACAUCACCGGCGCUGGAUUGUAUGCUGCACGAAUCCCAGAGCGCUACUUCCCGGGCAAGUGUGAUAUUUGGUUUCACUCGCACCAGAUAUUUCACGUGCUAGUGGUGGCAGCGGCCUUCAUUCAUUUCUAUGGGGUUUCCAACCUGCAGGAGUUUCGCUAUGGUCUGGAAGGAGGCUGCACUGAUGACACUCUCCUCUGAGAACUUGUCAAACUCGCUCGUUUCAAUUAGGAUUAAUAGUACCCCAUUUAUACCCAUUCCUUCGUUUUAUUUACCUUUAAGUUUUUCCUGAUUGAUUUAACUUAACUUUCAUUAUUUCACUUUUUUUUAUUAUUAUUAUUCUGUUACAUGAUUUAGUUUCUUUUGAAGAAAGCAUUUGUGUGGUCAAAGGUAUCCGAUGGCUGGAACAUGAUAACCCUUGUUAUCAUCAAACUUUAAUUUUGAGCACAAUCUGAAAGUUUGAACCGACAUGUUUGUUUUGUAGUGAAAAGCACUUUCAUUGAGCUGUAGAGAUGCGCCCUCAUAAUAUAAUGCAUUUUGUUUCUUAUUGUAAAUGAACAAUUGAGAUCAUUCGAUGCACACCCAAAGUAUUGCCCCAAUAUUAAUAGAGCAAUGUCUUUGAGAUGUUUUGUUCAUAGCGAUUUAACGCACAAAGGGCAUAUAAAGGGUUUGAGGGUAAAAUCUACCUGCUUUGAACACUUGCGCAAUUUUUAACCUUUACUUCUAGGUCAAAUAAUAACGUAA